AUCGAGUCGCUCGCUUGAGCGCAGUCUGCCUUCGCGUUGUAGGCGUGUGUGUGUAUAUACACUAACGUUUUCUGAACUAAAGAAAAGGAAAAAAUAUACAGAAAGCGCAUGGGAAAAAAACUCUGCCAAAUAACACCUUUGUAAAUUACGUGUUCGUUUUGCGGACAGGCUUCUUUCUCUGCACGGAGUCAGCUUUCAGCUUGGACAUCGCGGGAAAAACGAAGAGGAAACGGAGGUGAUGAAGUUGCAGCGGUGAAGGGACAGGAUGCCAGCUGGCACUGCUGUGUGGAUGAAGGGGAUCAGAGCGCAGUUUGAACAUACUGAGGAAUAUCACGACUUCCAGGAGAGAUCCAGUGUUUUAUCCAACGCAUUUCUCCUCCUCUGUGUCAUGUUCCUGAUGCUCUGCAGGAUCAUUGGAUGAACACUGAGAGGGUCCUGGCUGACCACCACUGAAGCUCUGGUCUUUGGGGUUGUCCCACCUCAUCCCCUGUCCCCAGCAUCCCGUAUCUGCACCAUCAUAUUCAUCUUCAGCACCAACGUUGCCUCGCUGAGAUCGUAGACAGGGAAGCAUCUCGUUUCUCGGUUGGAUUUUGCUGCCACCCAGGCACUGACAGUGGAAGGAAGUCUGCUGUGGGUCAUGCUGUGGGUCUGAGUGCUGUAGCUGGUGCUGAAAUGCGGUUGGUUUUGGGGUUGCGGCCCCUCCUGGCCCUGACCCUUAGCCUCACUGGCCUGCUACUGCUGUCCAAUGUUGCCACGCCCUUUCCCCAGGACCUGGAGCCAAUCAGCAUAGUCGGGAGUGAGCACUCCUACCUGUACCCUAGUUUCCAGGGCAACAUGUCAGAUAAUGACACGGCGAGGCUCGGUCUGGACUUCCAGAGAAUGUUGCGCAUAAACCACAUGCUGUACAUUGCUGCCAGGGAUCACGUCUUUGCCGUCAAUCUUGCUGCUUCGACUGAGCAAAUCGUCCCUCAGCAGAAACUGACAUGGAAGACAAAGGAUGUAGAGAAAUGCACAGUGAGGGGCAAGAACAGCGAUGAGUGCUACAACUACAUCAAAGUGCUGGUGCCUCGUAAUGAUGAAACACUGUUUGCAUGUGGGACCAACGCGUUCAACCCCACCUGUCGCAACUACAAGAUGGCUACUCUGGAGCAGGUUGGAGAGGAGGUGGUUGGUCAGGCGCGGUGCCCUUUCGAAUCACGCCAGUCUAAUGUUGGCCUGUUCGCUGGUGGUGAUUUUUACUCAGCAACGAUGACCGAUUUUUUAGCUAGCGACGCAGUAAUCUACAGAAGUUUGGGGGAAAGUAGCCCAGUCCUGCGAACCGUGAAGUACGACUCGAAAUGGCUGCGAGAGCCUCAUUUCCUUCAUGCCAUCGAGUAUGGGAACUAUGUGUACUUUUUCUUCAGUGAGAUUGCUGUGGAGUACACUACUCUUGGCAAGGUGGUGUUUUCCAGGGUGGGUCGAGUGUGUAAGAAUGAUAAUGGAGGUUCUCCAAGGGUUCUGGAGCGCUACUGGACCUCAUUCCUCAAAGCCCGGCUGAACUGUUCUGUUCCGGGUGAUUCGUUCUUCUACUUUGAUGUUCUGCAAUCCUUAACAAAUGUGAUGCAGAUUAACCACAGACCUGCUGUGCUGGGACUUUUCACCACACAGGCCAACAGUAUCACUGGCUCCGCCGUUUGCGCCUUCUACAUGGACGACAUCGAGCGAGUGUUUAGUGGCAAGUUUAAAGAACAGAAGACCAGCGAGUCGGCCUGGACCCCUGUUCCUGACGAGCAAGUGCCCAAACCCCGGCCAGGUUCCUGUGCAGGAGACGGUUCUGCAGCGAUGUACAAGUCCUCCACCUCCUUCCCCGAUGAGACUCUCACCUUCAUCAAAUCCUAUCCUCUCAUGGACGAGGCUGUACCAGCAGUGAACGGGCGGCCAUGCUUCACGAGAACUACGAGCAGGUUCAAGUUGACCCAGAUAGCCGUGGACACGGCCGCCGGGCCUUACAAGAACCACACGGUCCUGUUCCUGGGCUCGGAAAACGGGCACAUUCUGAAAAUCCUCGCCAGCACGCACCCUAACUCCACCUACAGCAGCCAGCUCCUGGAGGAUAUCGACGUGUACAACCCAAACAAAUGUAAUGUACGUGGGGAAGACAGGAGGAUUCUGGGACUGGAGCUGGAUAAGGACCAUCAUGCCCUGUUCGUGGCCUUCUCGAGCUGUGUGGUACGCGUGCCUCUGAGCCGGUGUGCUGACUACGGUACUUGCAAGAAGAGCUGUUUGUCCUCACGAGACCCGUACUGUAUCUGGCUGAAGACGGGGAGUUGUGUCACUGUGGCGCCAGGACUAAAGUCAGGGUUUGAGCAGGACGUGGAGACUGGCUACUCGCAGUAUCCUGACAGCUGCCACGAUGUCUUGGCAACUACACGAAAGCAGAACCCUGCCUUGGAUUCGGCGUACGGAAAGACCUCACCCACAAGCGCCAGCCCAACCAUUCAGGGACCAGCUCUGCCUAAAGGGCCAAGUGUCUCUGAGAAAGGUACCCGCCCUGCGGAGGGGGAGCGGGGAGGGCGGGGCUCCCCUGGCUUGGAGCCAAUCAAUGUGGAGAUGGAGGGAGUCCGUCGUCCUCCUGAAGUUGACAAGUCCAACCACAGUGUUCACUACACUCUGCUAAUAGCAUGUGUGCUGGUGGCAUUCGUCUUGGGUGCCUUCCUCUCUGGCUUCCUCGUCUCCUGUUACUGCAACUACAAUGUAAACAAGACUAAGAGGUUGGCAAAGGACCCCGAGGCUCCCAUCCCUCACGCUCUGUCUCUGCGUAGUCUAGCCAAGCUGAAUGGCCUUCUGGAAAACCAGGGCAAGGAUGAGAAGCUGGAGGUAACAUCUCCGAAGCUCUAUAACUCCUUCUUCCAAAAUGGGAAGGAUCAUUCAGGUCGGAGACAUGGCCACCAUGGUGUUAUGGCAGAGCUGAUCCAUCCUCAUCACCACCACUCCUCAGAGCUGUCCGGCCUUCCCACACCUGAUUCGACACCAGAACUGCCGAUCAAAAGCAUGAAGGCCUUCAAGAACCAGUGGGAGAAGAAUCAGAACUGUAACAAUGCCAAAGAGCCCAAGUCUCACAAUAUGGCAGGGUCCAGGCCCAGUUCUGGAAUUCCUCAACAGGUCUUUCCCUUUUCCCAUGGGCUGGCUAGCCGACAGUCUCUGGGUGGUCCUGUGCACCUGGAAGAGCGCAAGAUACACAAUGCAGAGCGCAUCCCAAGUCAGCCGCAGCACUGCUACCCACACAAGAUUGUGGAUGUGACCUCACUUGAUGAGCUUCUCAAGCAUAUCCAUGAGAUUAAUGUCACAACUGGGAAGGGUCCCUCCGUGCUUACCUCAUCCAUGUCAGCUAACUCAGGCCAGAUGGCAUUUGCAAACCGCGUCCAGCCACAGAUCCCUGAAACGGAGUCGGCUCCCUACUACAGCUCCUCCACGCUGCCCAGAGACAGCCUGACACGUCGCAUGGAUGUGCCACCGGAGAUGCCCUCUCAGCACCAAUCGACACUGGAGAGGGUUUCACGCCACAACUCCCAACGCCACUCUCUCAUGUCGGCCGGAGGAGCUGUUUGCCGAGAGCCAAGCUUUAGCCGUCGUUCUCACCAUCCUCCGCUUCUCGCCCGGGUCAACUCCACUGGCGGCUGCGAUGCACGUCACCCACUCAUACCCAAUGGCUACCUGACGCGCCAGCACAGCUACAGCGAGCAGCCCGAGCUCCAGCGCGGAGCCGUGGUCCGUCGCACAGCCUCACUGAAACCUGACGUCCCUCCCAAGCCACUCUUUAUCCCUGCCACCUCACCUGUAAAUCAGGCUGGGAAGUUCAACUACUGAGCUCCCGUGAACUCCUGACUUGCACUUCAGAGUGUGUAGACUGAAAAAUCUACACUUGUUCAUACAGCAAGACUAGACUCCAGUCAAGGUUGCUUAAUUCUGUCUAUGGGCAGCUUUUGAAUAAAAUGCUGCACAUCACCGAAAAAUGGAUUCAGUCAGGAGGAGAAAAACAAAAAAAAAACUGCAAUAGAACUGAUAAUGACUGCCCAUGUUGUCAACUUCACAUUUGACAUUUGAAGACUCUUUUUCUUUCUUUGUGCCUCAUGAAUAUUUGUACCAUAUUGGUAUUGCUCAGCUAUUUGCUUAUAGAAGGUGAGGAAGUAGAAGAGAAUGGAACAGUGCCCAUCUUGUUCUAGGCUGCCACUGUGUUGAGUGUUGCUUUUCAGUGUUCUCCUGAAUUCUUGGUUAUGGUGUUACUAAUUUUAAGGCUGAGACUAACCUAGGCUUGAGCCUUAUCCUGAUUCUGAUCCUGAUUCUGAUUCUGAUCUCUCCCGCAUUGAACUAUUUUGUUGAUGUGAUGGACUGUAUCAAUCCCAGUUCUAAACGUGUAUAUAUAUGCAUGUGUGUGUAUAUAUAUGUGUUUAUAUUUACACAGUAUAUGUAUGCAUAUACCUAAACAGUAUAUGUAUUCUGAUAAAAUGGAUGAUCACCUCUGAAAGUAGCUCUUUGCCUUAUUUUGACAGGUAAACCUGCAGUGGAAUUGCCCUUUCAUUAUGAUUUUUCCCUACAAAUACUAAAUCUCCUCAUAGAACACAUGAGCAAUAACAUACCCAGCUGUAUUAACCUAACUUUUGCAACAGCACUGCCCACCUUUAGAGUGUCCUAGUGGGGGAAAAAAUAAAUUAAUAUUCAAUUUCUUGCUAGGCCUGUUUACAAACGGGAUGAACUGAUCCCUAAUUUAGUGUUACGAAUAUAGAUGUAUGUUGAAGAAAUGUAAUCCAUCAGGCUCAUGAGGUUAUCCAAAGCGAUAUGUCUUUUAAGCUCUCCUAAAACACGAACACUAUGCUCUGGUUGCUCUGAUGCAGUUUAAGCCACGCUGCAGAUGAUUCAGUGUAAAUUUCCUUCUCAAAGACUGAGCUUAAACUGUGAAAACUGACCCCUCGUGACAGAAUGCCAACUUAACCCCUCUGAUCUGAACUUAUUCCUAUUUUCAUCAUGUUCAAAUGUGUUUUUAUCAUUAUUAACUCUGUAGCUGUUUGGUGUAAAUAUAAGAACAAUAACUAGCCAAAUUCUGUUUGUGUAAAUUUGUGCCUUAUUUAAUAUGGUAUGUUGCUACAGGGAGCGUGUAGGGGAAUGCAACGGAGAGAAGAGAGACGCUACUGUUAUCAUUUAAUUUGCCAUUUUUAAAAAGGAAAAAAAAAAAACUUUGGUGUCUGUAUGUGUCAUACAUAUAUAUACAUAUAGAAUAUUGUAGAUUUAUAUUUCUAUUUAGACACUUUUAAUAUUCCCUUACUGUGUGAAGCUGUUCCUUUUGGAUCUGCAGCUGCCUGGUUUUUAUAGUUCACCAGUUUGUUCCAGUCCUUUAUGUAUGUGUGCAUGUAAAGCAAUGCAUUGCACAAGAAAAAAAAAAAAAACAAACAAAAAAACUAAUUGCAGGAACAGUUGGUGUGAAGAUUUCAGAUUUUAAUUUAAUCCAAAGGAGCGAGUUUUCGUUCAGUGAUCAUUGGAUCUAGCCAAAAGCAAAAAGUGUGUGAACUUUUCUGAAACAUAACACUCAAAAUAGAAAAAGCAGCUGGUUGGGUUGUUACUGUGUGAAUGAAGUGUGUGUGUGUUUGCGUGUGUGUGUGAGUGUGUGGUGGCUGGUGUUCAAACACAUUUCUGUCUUUGCUCCACUGUUACACUGAACAGUUUUCUCUGGUUCCCAACUCGAGGAUCCCCCCCCACCCCACCCAAA